CAUGGGUUCUAUUGGAAGGAGCAUCAAGGCCUCAGCGACACCAGGACAUCCUUCACAAUCGACAAGCUCUGCCAACCCUAAUUUCCUCAGCUUGCCUGAGAAGAUUCGCAAGGAGAUUUUUAGAAGAGUGCUCAGUAUACUACACCCACUCUUCAUUUUCCAAGACCCCGGUUGCCCGGUUGAAAUGUUUGCCCCCGACAGGCCUCCUCACUGGCUCGCGAUAACAUACGUUAAUCGAGAAAUAUCCUGCGAGGCCAGUUCGGUGCUUUAUGAAAUAAACCAUUUUCACCUUCUCGACAUGACACAGCAACAAUCCAACAUACUGCAAUCGUUUUUCAACUGUAUUGGGGCUCGGAAUGUGGCUUUUCUCUCCCAUUUGGACAUUAGCUUCCCUGUCGGAGAAGCCAUGGACAGCCAGCCUGGAACAUUCAGAUUCGGGAGCGAUAGCUUCCAGAGUUUGAAGCUCCUUCAGCGUCACUGCAACAAUCUAUCGACUUUGGAGGUUUUCAUUCACAACAAAAACAUCGGCUUCUUUGAAAAUCCAGAAGGCGUUAUUCAUGAGGCACUCUCAGUCAUAGCUGCGGAGUUUAGAGCCAUCAGCUCAUUGCAGAACGUCGUUGUUCGGGUUAUACCCCAUGAAGGAAUUCCGGCUCCAGCAAAAGAUUUGAUGCGUAAAUUUGGCUGGGCAAUUGUGUUUGGAGACAAGGAUCCUUGA